AUGCCCCCAGAGACGGUUGGUGUUUUCCUCUGGGCGCUGCGCCUCCCCAGCCUGUCUCUGCUCCCCUCGGUUCCGCACAGCCGUGUGCGUGGUGGGGAGGCUCUGUCACAGCGGCUGGGACCCGGAGGGCGCCCGGAGCAUCGGGCAGGGGGGACGGGACGGGGGGGAACAGGAGGAACGGGAGCGAGGGUCUCUCCCAUCCCGGGGUGGGAGCGGCGGCGCCUGGCGCGGGGCAGGUGCGGGACCCGUGUGGGGAGCGGUGCCGGACCGAGCUCCGGGCCGUGCCCAUCCCGGGAGCGGUGCCGGGCCGAGCUCCGGGCAGUGCCCAUCCCGGGAGCGGUGCCGGGCCGAGCUCCGGGCCGUGCCCAUCCCGGGAGCGGUGCCGGGCCGAGCUCCGGGCAGUGCCCAUCCCGGGAGCGGUGCCGGGCCGAGCUCCGGGCCGUGCCCAUCCCGGGAGCGGUGCCGGGCCGAGCUCCGGGCAGUGCCCAUCCCGGGAGCGGUGCCGGGCCGAGCUCCGGGCCGUGCCCAUCCCGGGAGCGGUGCCGGGCCGAGCUCCGGGCAGUGCCCAUCCCGGGAGCGGUGCCGGGCCGAGCUCCGGGCCGUGCCCAUCCCGGGAGCGGUGCCGGGCCGAGCUCCGGGCAGUGCCCAUCCCGGGAGCGGUGCCGGGCCGAGCUCCGGGCCGUGCCCAUCCCGGGAGCGGUGCCGGGCCGAGCUCCGGGCAGUGCCCAUCCCGGGAGCGGUGCCGGGCCGAGCUCCGGGCCGUGCCCAUCCCGGGAGCGGUGCCGGGCCGAGCUCCGGGCAGUGCCCAUCCCGGGAGCGGUGCCGGGCCGAGCUCCGGGCCGUGCCCAUCCCGGGAGCGGUGCCGGGCCGAGCUCCGGGCAGUGCCCAUCCCGGGAGCGGUGCCGGGCCGAGCUCCGGGCCGUGCCCAUCCCGGGAGCGGUGCCGGGCCGAGCUCCGGGCAGUGCCCAUCCCGGGAGCGGUGCCGGGCCGAGCUCCGGGCCGUGCCCAUCCCGGGAGCGGUGCCGGGCCGAGCUCCGGGCAGUGCCGUGUCGGAGCGCGGUUCCGGGC